CAAACCAAAACAUUCUUCCCAAGAUGGCAGCAUGCUGACAGUUUAAGAAUUCUCAGAAAAGAGGCUGAUUCAGGUGUUGGAUUUUCGCCAAUUUAUCCAAGACACUCCUCCAUUCCCUCGGAGACAGUUCCUUACAGUCUUGAAUCUCCAGUUUUCUACUCUGAGGAGGAAAUGGCGGACGAGCCCGGACACAAGGCCAUGCUGUACUUUCUGGAGAUCUUGAUGAACUCUGGAGUGCCACUCACCAUAAGUCAGCUGGCUGGAAGGUUUGGGAGUAAGAGCUUUACCCCAGACAUGCGCCAGGCAUGUGGUGGCAAUGAGUCUGGCUUAAAGAAGUUUCUGUUGAAAUUCCCUUCAUUAUUUUGUGUCAGUGGAAAUUUGGUGAGUUUGAAUGAUGGAACGGCUAAUCUUGGGAAGAAUUUUCGUGAAAGCAGCCCUGCUUCAACUACCUCUGAUGUCUCAGUCGAGACUGAGGCUGUGCAGUACUUUCGAGCUAAGAUCAUCAGGAAAGGCGAGAAGUGGAUGCAUGUUCUGAGCCUAGCAGGCCAUCUCUCACAGGCAAAUGCAGAGAUCCGCGAUUGUGUUGGCCCACAGAACCAGUUCAGAGAGUGGCUGGAACGACAUCCUCUUAUAUUUGACAUCCGAGGAGACCAGGUCUCAUUGAAGGACAAUAUAAACUACAGUGCUGUCAACCCCUCUUCUGAAUCUCUGGACCUUGAUGGCAUUCAGUUCAAUGCCAAUCAGCGUUAUUCAGUUGGUGACAACAAUCGCUACUCUGUUGGAGAUAACCCCCGCUACUCUGUUGGAGAUAACCCACGCUACUCUGUUGGGGAUAAUCCUCGAUACUCUGUAGGUGACAAUCCCCGCUUCUCUCAGUCUGUUGGAGACUUCAAUCAACAGCCAAGAACACCAAAACUUAAACGUCGCCCAAAAUCAAUAGAAAUUCCUCCAAAUUCCCCAAAACCUUCGUCUCUGUCACGUACACCAUCAUUUACCUCACAGAAUCUACCUACUCCUCUAAGUGCAAAAUCUGGGCCUGCUACCAUGACUGCAAAUGAAUACAAGGCUGUUAUGUUUCUGAAAGGAAUAAUUGAAAAGAAGGGUGACAUGAAAUUAAAUGGACUUACUGGUCAUUUUAGUCAGGCUCCGGAAAGUUUACGAAAUACCAUCGGUUGGAGUAAGCCAGAACUUGAAAAAUUUGUUCGGAGUCAUGCUAAUAUCUUUGUCAUUUCUGAAGAUGAGACAGUAUCCGUCAUCAAGAAUGCCAGAUUGAAUGUCAUCAUUACAGGCAGUAGACCAAGUUCUACCCCGACUAAGGCUGGGAAGCAAGGUCAAGGUCGUGUAUACCAUGUUGCCAAGCUGUGGGGAAUUGUUGAUUUAGGCAAGCAUGAGCAUGUGUUUAUUGACAGGACAAUAUUUGGAAAGCAGAUCGAUGACUUAAAUAAACUGCUGACUGUUGGAGAAAUGGUGUGCUUUGAUUCAAUCCCUGCACCAAAGGGCAGCAGAGCUCGUUGGAGGGCCAUUAAAAUUUGGAAGGAGCAUGAGUCUAUUGAGGACCUUGUUGACAAAGUUACAGCUCGUCUAGGUUAUACGUUGAGUGACGGCUCUUUCCGGGAACCAAUGACACCAAACAGUCCAAUGCCAAUCUCAAACAUUGAUGAAGAAAUCCGUCGAAUGAUACCCGAGUUGAAUGACUCAAGUGUCAUCCAAUCUCCUGUCAACGUUGGUGGGAUUAAGUACUCAUUCUCAGAUGCUGCCCCAAGUGGUGCCGGGGUGGUACCAGUUUGGAAUUUCCGGCAUCAAGAGCUCUCAGCUAUGCGCGACAUUGAUGACCUUGACCUGAGUGACGACAGCGAUGCCCCGAGCCUCAGUAUGGUUGCCGAGAAAUACUACAUGAACCGAUCUGUUCUGGGAGACACGCCAAAGAAGGACAGUGGUGAAACAGAAGUAAAUGGCCAGGAUCAAGCGAAACCUGAAGAAAAGAAGACAGCGACUACCAUCGGCUGUCAGACGAUCGUUACUGGUGAGGUGUUGGCCACGCAGCUUUUUCAUGAGGAUGUAUGAAUUCCUGAUACUGCUCAUGAGCAGGGCUUGGGCUGCAUUACAGAAGGAACUUGAUACAUUAUUAAAUAUCAAAGCUGAAGUUCAAACUUCUGAAAUGUGCUUAUACUGAUAUUUUCUUGAACAAACUUUGAAUUCUUUGUAAUCCUCGGUAGGGAAGUAUGUAAAUCAUUAAUGAAAACAAAGACUGGACUAUCAUGCAUAUUUAUGAAGUUAUCAUCCCUUAACUGUAAUCAGUUCUUGUCCGAGCAAAAUACUAGAGGGAUAGAAAUUAAACUUUUUAUAGAGAAAGAUACCAAUGAAAAGAAGUGCAGUGCUCAAGAACCAUAAUCCUGCCCUUCAUAUUAUUAGUUGAUCUCCCGUUACCUGAUAUACCUCGAUAAUGGGUGCUUGUCUGAAAGUACCAAAGGGAUUAAAAUGAAACUCGGAAUGUAGAUAGAUGGAAAAAAAGUUGAAUUGGAGGACCCAAGAAUCAUGAUCCUAUCUCAUGUGUGCUUGUCCAAGCCAUAUCUUAAAAUUUACUUGAGAGAUAUAAAUGAAUCUUGGCAUAGAAAUAGAUAGCAAUGACAGAGUGUACCAAAGAAUAGUAAUUUGUUUUAAUUCAGUCAUCUCCCCUUAACCUGAUAUUUUUCCACAACAUGUGCUGGUUCAGGCCAUAUCUUGGGAUGUUCUAAAGGAACUCAAAAUGAAACUUGGUAUAUGGAUUGAUUGCAAUGACAUUAUAAAAUGUUUGAAGAUCCAUAUUCAGGCUACAAGCAAUAUUCCUCGUCUACUGAUUGUUCUGAAUUUCAAUAGCUGCAUUUUAAUUUCAUUUUUCAUUUUACUUAUUCCAUUUUCACUGGAAUUUUGGGGUUCUUUUUAUUAACUAAACAUUAAAAUAUUUAUUAAUUCUUUGGCUACAACCAUUAACCUUCUACCUGCACACUGUAUUACAAUUUCUGCCUUUUUAUAGAAACUUGGCUUUUGGGGAGCAUCCUUCGCUUCCAGUGAUAGUCUUGUUCCAUCUGUACCAGAUAUGCAUGAUAGAAUAUAUUUAAAAUAUUAGAUUCAAAUUGAUCUUAAGAUCCUUCUCUAAUACAGUCCAUGGGAAGUAUGUUUUGCUUUUUGAGAUCUGAACGUGAUGGUAGUUGAUGCACGUUCACCUACAUGUGUAUCAAUAUUAUAUUUGAUUUACGGUUAGGUUAUGAUCAUAAUCUGACAGGAGUAAAAAAAGGAAAUGCUCCUUUUUAUAUUUUUUUUUCAAAUUAUUCCAUUUUCUCUGGAAUUUUGGUGUUCCUUUUAUUAAAUAUCUAAACUUAUAAAUAUUUAUUAUUUCUUUACUUUUUCAUUUGAUUUAUAAAUAACAGGGAAAAUAGUUUGUGAAGUAAGACAUUAUUUUGAAUUUAUCUUUGAUGUCUUCCGUUGUUGCAUCUCCAGUCAAAUGUUUCAAAUUAAUGAAUACUUCAGUUUAAAUAUAUUUGUCAGCUUUUUCUUGUACCUUAUGUCUAAAUCAGCUUUGUAUUACACCAAACCAUGAACCUUGUGGAAGGUUUGCAUUGGUUACAGACUUUAUAUUCACAUUUUAGAUUAUUUUCAAUUUUGUCAAUUAUAUAAUUAUUCAGAAUUUAAAAGUUGCUCAGUACUUUCCUAAGUGCUUUUACUCAAAUUAACUCUUGGAGUCUAGUUCAACCAUUUAAUUAUUAGAAUAGUCAAAGUUUUAUUAUAUUAAAGUUACAUUGUGUUAGAAAUACUUUUAAUGAUUAUUUUAUAUUAAGGUUGUACAAUAUUUGUAUGUUAUGUUUCUGUGUGGGAUAUAAAAACUGUGCAUGAAGUGAUGAAGGGUUCAUAAUGUACCUCUGGGUACAUGUAUUUCUGUAUUUAUGUUUUACAAAUAAUGUUUUGACCAAAGUGAGCUCAAAAUUUAUUUAUUUACAGUAAAUUUGCUGUGGAUACAUAUAGUUAUGAAGUGAAUUUUUGAUGUGGACUUCUUAAAAGCAUCUUUGAUUUAAUUUCCAUUGGUGAAAAAAAUGUGCACAUUUACAGUUAUACAGACUAUACAGUAUACAAUGAAUACAUCUGCAAAUAAGUUAUAACUGAGUAGAAAUAUGAUAAACAAUCAGGAGAUUUGUAGCUUAAAAUUAUACCAUAUAUAUAUAAUGGUCAUUUGUAUUUAUUCCAGUUGUUGCAUCCCACACAGAUUUUUGAUUGUAAUUAUUUCGACCAUCUUUUUCGACUUUCGACCUGAAGUUUCGGCUUACUUUCGAUUAGAUAUGGAUAGGUCUCAAAAAACAUCCUUUUGUAGGGAAAAAAAUGUUAAUGGAACAUCAUGAAAUGAAUUGUUGUAAUAUUUUUUACUUAAAAACAUUUUUACCGAAUUGUACAUUCUGAUUGCAUAACGCUGCUUCAUUAUAUGCUGCUUCAUAUUACACUUAAGUUACAUGUAUGUGUUGAGAACCUGAGAACACACAGAAAUACAACGUGUAGUUCAAAAGCUGAUUAAAAAUAAACACGCUUCAGCUUUAUGGUUCUUUAAGACUGUAGAAAUAUUGCUUCGUAUAUUUCCUACAAAAAAACUUCUUGAUGCCUAUCCAUGAUCUUAUUUUAACAAACUAGAGGUCUUUCAAAGGAAGUUUAAUGCAGUUGAAACCUAACAAGUUGGUGAUUAUCUGCAUUUAGCAAUAAUGUUUUCAAAUUUGAUAUUCAUUUGCUUGUACAUUGUUUAUAGCCUGUAUUUUAUGCUAUACAAGUACGUUAUUAGUGCUGAUAUUAUUCAUGUAUAUUAUAAAUAUGUAUCCAUACCGUGUGGAUUGGUGUGUUAACCCAUUUCUUUUGGUUUUAUUAACGUCUAUUUUGGUAUUUAGCAUGUACUUGGACAUGACAUUUUUAGCUUGUCUAUUUUUAUCAUAGCCUUGGUGUCGUUCUCGUCACCUUUUACCAUGGUCAUUGAAGGAACUUACACAUGUUACAAGAGACAGUAUGCAUUAUGUAGCCAAGUCCAUAACUCUAGCAAUAAUAAUUGUGGAGUUAUACCCUUUUUUACCUCAAACAAUAGACGAGCAUUAGCAUUCACUUGUGGUGCUCUUGUUUUAUUUUAUUAUUUCGUGCGAGUUAUUGUAUACAUUAUGUCAGGGCUUUUUCAUCGUCUUUAGUAGAGCAGAAAUUCGGCUACUUACCAAUUGAAAAAUGUGUGUAUUUAUUCUCAUUUUCAGCCAUUUUGUUUCCCCAGAAAUACAGAAAAUAAUAUUAACAAAUUGUACUCAUGGAAUCAUUGUUUGUACUGAUGUUAUAGCUUUGUUUGUUUUUCUUCCAUUAUUUUAAAUAUAUGAGUUGGAAGCCAUAAUGUCAUAUAUUUUACCAUUUUGAAGCGUUUAAGCAGUAAAAAUUGCCGAAAUGAAUUGGCCAGGUCUCUCACUAAUUUUUGCGGAAAAAGCCCUGUAUGUUUUUUUGCAUGUUAUUGUUUCUUUUGUUAUAGAGCUGAACGGUUGCCUUAUUAAUGAGAACUGCUACAAAUAAAUAGAAUGCUUAGUGUUGCACAAACAAUAACAAGCUAUGCAAUGUUUAUUUAAUUGUGAGCAGGGUAUACUGUGACCCUCACAUUAUAAAAAAAAAUAUUUGUAAAAUAAGAGAAGUCAACAAUUUUAGACAAUGUGAGGUUUUGCUAUAUAUCGAGCAAACAUUACAACCAUAUACACUUUUCUAGUGUUAUAGCACUUGUCUACGUAAGGCCAGGCCAAAUUCAUUCAAUGUUAAGUGUCAUCACAUGGGUAGGCGUAGUUCAAGAUAAACUGAAUUUCUAGAGGAUUGAUAACAAAAAUAAUGAUUUUUUUCCAGAAAUAUAUAAUCUGCAAGAACUUCAAUUUAUAAUUGUCCGGACCAUGUUAUGCUAUAUAGUAUCCCCCAUAAAUGUGUUGACAUGUU